AAGAACUAGAAGUUGGACAGUUUGAGCACUCCCCACAAAAAAGCUCGGGAAUCAAAUUCUAGGUUUCCCACCAGAAUUUCUAGGGUUUUUUUAUUGAGAUUCUCGCAAUUUCAGUUCUAACUGACCAUUUCCGAUUCUGUGUAAUUUCUACUUAUCCCUUUCCAAAUCCGAAGGGCACCUAUUUCUAGGUCUUAUUAGAAAUGAGAAUGAAGAUGAGAAAAGAUGUUAGCAUAAACAGUUUUAUACACAAUAUGAAACAUGGAUAUCGAAUUUUGCGUCGAAAGAAUUGGAUUUCUCUAUCUCAAUUUCAUCUACUUGCUGGUGUUUUGGGUGUUACUGGUCUAGUUAUGGCUAUAAGAGAUGGAAAGUUUGGAUUUCUACGUGGGUUAUCACAGACUCCUGAUAGAUAUGAUGAGUCUUCAGAAAGCUUAGUGUUGGUUCCUGGGUUGCAGAAUCUUGGCAACAAUUGUUUCUUGAAUGUUGUUUUGCAGGCAUUGGCUAGUUGUGAUUGUUUUCAUGAAUUUCUUCAGAAUAUAAUUGAGAGAGAUGACUUUUCAGUUGAUGAUCGGGUUGAGAAUAUGCCCCUAUCAGCGUCUUUGUUUAACUUAUUCAAAGAAUUGUGCAGUCCUUGCGAUGAAAGGAUGAUAUUGAGUCCACGUAAAGUGAUGCAUGCAAUGGACCAGUACAUUCCUAAUUUCAACUUGACAAGGCAACAGGAUGCAGCAGAGGCACUGCACCACCUUUUGUCUUCUUUACAAGAUGAAACUUCGGAGAGUUAUGUUCCAAAUUAUGGUUCUCUGGCAGAACUAUCUGCUUUUCCUCAUUGCAAGAUCUUGCAUCCGAAUAGGAAAUCUGGUCCAAAUGAACAGGAAAGGUGGCAACAAGAUCUCCUCGGGCCAUUUAAUGGCAUUCUUGGGAGCAGUUUAACAUGUAAAAGCUGUUCGUCACAGCUUUCGGCGGACUUUGAGUUCUUCAUCAGCUUGCCUCUCACACCAUUGAUCAAUGGAUGUUCAGUUGAGCAUUGCUUGAAGCAGUUCACUGCUGCUGAGCUUAUAGAUAACUACCGUUGCAACCGGUGUUGGCAUAUUGCUGGAAUAAAGUAUUUUUCUACUGUUGAUGGAAACCACAAGGCACAGAUCGAAAAACUGAAUUCUUGUGUUGAGGAAGAUACAUGUGAGUGCAGGAAUCUCUUUCCCGAGGAAGUGCCAUGGUCACAUCAACGAUCUCGUACGCUGAAGCAAUUAAGUAUUGUGCGCUGCCCAAAGAUUCUUUGCAUCCAUCUUCAGCGUGCUUCAAUGAAUCCAUUUGGUGAAUUAGUCAAAUUUCAGGGCCACAUUCCUUUUCCAAUGCUUUUGGACCUAUCCCCAUACAUAAAGCCUGUGGCGGGAGUCAGCAAAGAAAGCUUGGGUGAGAAUUUGGAGAUGAGGGAAGUGAAUCAGCAUAACCUUCUUAUUAACCGCUUUAACAUUUUUAACCACCAAUUUCCGAUGCAAAUGAUGCAACAACUGUAUGCGCCAGUGGGAGAUGACGUAAAAAUUCAAUCCAAACCAUUAGUUGCAGAUGAGAUUGAUGAGACCAAUUACUCUGUUGGUGAUACCUCGAUACCAGAAACUGGUGCAUCUCAUACUGAGGGGGUCUCUUAUCCUGUGUUGAAGGGCUCGCUUGCUCACCGAACAAGUGUUCAAACAGACGAAAACAUGAAUAUUUCGUUUGUUAGAGAUGUGAUGGAUGUUAUCAGUGAUUCUUCAGAUAGUGAAUACGUUCUUGCUUCGAGAAUAGAAUCUGAUGAUAACCAUUCUGAAGACUGCGAAAUGAUGGAGUCACCUAUACAACCAAUACAUGGACAUACUGGAGAAAGCAACCUAAACACCUCAUCAAAACCAUUAGUUGAAGAUGCGGUUGGCAUUGGUAAUGAUUCUGUGGAUGGUAAGCAUCCUCGAUCUUCGUUGAAAGAGUCUGAUGUGGGCAGUACUGAAGGUUAUUUGCCUCUACAGCAGAUACAUGGACAGAAUGAGGGAAACCAAAACAUUCCUUCGGAGCCUAUAGUUGUAGAUUUGUUGGGCAAUACCACUGAUCCAGUACACGAUAGAUGCGAUCAAACUAUGAAGGCAAAAUCUGGUUUGGACAGUUCAGAAGGUUCUUGUCCUGAGUUCACCAACAACAUGCCUCUACAACGUGACGGCAAGAUCAAUAAUAAGAAUCACGUCGUUUCUUCAAAGAGUCACAUGUAUCGCCUUGUUUCUGUUGUGGAGCACUUCGGAAGAGUUGGUAGUGGACAUUAUACAGUUUACAGAAGAGUCAAGAGGUCAUCAGAUGAUUCAGACUCUGCUGAACAAUUAGGUAGUUCAAAGGCGCGAUGGUUUUGUGUAUCAGAUACAGAUGUGUGGGGUGUUUCAGAAAAAGCUGUCCUAGCUGCUGAUGCAAGCUUGCUCUUCUAUGAGAGGGUCGAAGAGUUUUCUUGAGGUACUUAUCAAAGCCUCUUUACACAGUUCAAAAUAUUCUUCGUGUAGUACACCAACUAUGGGGGGCUCAUAAGCAACCAUGGUUCGAAUUUUAUGAAAAUAUCAAGUUUUAUAGCAAGUCUAUUUUUUUAAAACGAAAUAUCCCCCGCUCAGUUUGUUUGAUGUAGUACAGUAUCUGGAAUCAAGGUUACUUUGAUCUCAGAGGAUUUUGGGAUUAUCUGACACUUGGGGUUGGUCUCAAAACAAGUGUGUUCUGGGAUUUUUGGUCCCAAAACAAGUGUAUCUAAAAAUCCCAGAUAUGGGUUUGGUUUCAGUAACAUGGAUCUAGUGUAGAUGCUUCACCUGAAAAGUCUAGUACACUAUGGUCCCAAAAGUCUAGUACACUAUGGUCCCAAAAGCUAUUGUUGAGAUUAUUCUGGUUCCAUCUUAGCCUCAUACUUUCAGGAGUAGAAACAACAAUAAAAUCUAUAUUUCAAAAAAUAAAACACUGCCUUAGACUUU